AUGUCUGGCGCAAGACACUGGGAGCAAGACAAAGACUCCACCAUAUACAUUGGCAAUCUUGACGAACGUGUCACAGAUUCUCUGGUCUGGGAACUCUUCCUGCAAGCGGGCCGUAUUGGUAAUGUUCAUUUGCCCAAAGAUCGGGUCACACAAUCCCAUCAAGGCUAUGGCUUCGUUGAAUUCAACUCGGAAGAAGAUGCAGAGUACGCAGCCAGAAUCAUGAACCAAGUCAGACUUUUUGGCAAACCGAUUCGAGUGAACAAAGCCAGUGCCGAUAAACAGAAGUCCGUUGAAGUCGGCGCGGAAUUGUUUGUCGGAAACCUGGAUCCGAUGGUGGAUGAAAGAAUGCUAUAUGAUACAUUCGGAAGAUUCGGUACUCUGGUGGCUGCUCCAAAGAUUGCUCGUGAUGAGAACAACCUAUCCAAAGGUUAUGGAUUCGUUUCUUUCUCCAACUUUGAAGCUUCUGAUGAUGCGAUUGCAAACAUGAAUGGUCAGUACCUCAUGAACAAAGAGGUCUCCGUCCAAUACGCCUACAAGAAGGAUGGAAAGGGGGAGAGACAUGGUGAUCAAGCUGAAAGAAUGCUUGCCGCUCAAGCAAAAGCUCAUGGUGUCCAACCUACCCCUGCCACUAUUCCUGUCGGUGGUCCGAUGUUUAGUGGUAUGCCUCAGACUCCGGUAACUCCAGCUGGCUUUGGACAAUCAAACGGAAAUUAUCAAGCUGUACCUCCACCAACGCAAGCAAGACCGCCGCCUCCUCCACCAACAGCACCGCUGGCGGCUCCACCAAGUGGUCUUCCAGCAAGACCUCCUCCCAGUCAGGCAGGAUAUGGUGGACCACAAGGCUUUAUGCCGCCAGGUUUCAACCAAAUGCCUACUGGAUUUCCACAACCAAAUGUUAUGCCUGCCGGUUUUGCUCCUCCUCCAGGGUUUGGUGGUCCUCAAGCGGGUGUUAUGCCUCCAGCUCAACCUACAAUGCCGCCACAAGGAUUUUCAGGAUAUGGUAUUCGUAAAUAG